AUGGCCAGCAUUACCUCCCUCGGCCUCCGGGCCAUGGCACGAAUUGCCCCCACGACGACGAUGACGACGACGACGACGACGACGACGACAAUGACCCGUUCCCUCUCCACCACGACCAUGCUCAAGAAGGGCGGCAGCUCUGGCUCCGGCGGCGGUCGUCGCAAGAACCACGCCCCCAAAUCCGAAUACCACGCCCGCGUCAGGACGCUGACCCAGAACAUGUUCUCCCCCGCCCCCGCACCUCUGAGGAUGGCCCGCCUUCGCUACCUGCGGCACUGGACCAUCCACCGCGCCUGGCUACUCCUCCGACGACAGCAGCGCGAAGCUACUGACAAGGAGAGGGCUCGCAUGCAGGCAGGCAUGUACAAUGCCUGCGAGGAGCUCAGGCGCACCGUCGGCCCCGGUGACAGGGGCGAGGGCUACCUCUACCGCGUUGCUAUGGAGAAGAAGGGCGUCUGGGGCACCCAGGGCAUCCCCAUCGAGUACGCUAGAUACCAGGUCGAUUAUCCUGGUCCCAAGCCUUGGAAUCACGAGUGGACCAGGUGA